AUGAAUUUGAAUAAAACAAAUGAAUUUGCAGAAAAAUCUGAACUGUAUUUAGAAAGCAGUGGUAUUGGCCAUUUCGGUGUUCUAGAUGAUUUUGGUGGUCUUGGCGGUUUUGGUGGUCUUGGUGGUCUUGGUGGUCUUGGUGGUCUUGGUGGUCUUGGUGGUCUUGGCGGUCUUGGUGGUCUUGGUGGUCUUGGUGGUCUUGGCGGUCUUGGCGGUUUUAGUGGUCUUGGUGGCUUUGGUGGUCUUGGCGGUUUUGGUGGUCUUGACCUUCCUGGUUGA